CCCCCAGCAUCAGCGGCUAAACUCAUACAAAAUGCCCAACUUUGCUGGUACUUGGAAGAUGAGGAGCAGCGAGAACUUUGACGAGCUGUUGAAAGUACUGGGGGUCAAUGCCAUGCUGAGGAAAGUGGCCGUGGCAGCUGCUUCCAAACCUCUGGUGGAGAUCCGGCAGGACGGCGACCAGUUCUACAUCAAGACCUCCACCACAGUGAGGACCACCGAGAUCAACUUCACCGUCGGCGAGGAGUUCGAGGAGGAGACCGUGGACGGGAGGAAGUGCAAGAGCCUGCCGAAGUGGGAAAAUGAGAACAAAAUCUACUGCAAGCAAACUCUUCUUAACGGAGGUGGGCCAAAAACACACUGGACUCGGGAGCUGGUGAACAACGAGCUGAUCCUGACACUGGUGGCCAAUGAUGUCGUGUGUACAAGGAUCUAUGUUAAAGAGUAACAGCAUCUACUUUCCCUUAAUGUGGGGGAAGCCGACCAGCUGCAGAAUCAUCUCCUCACUUUGUGCAUGGUCUAUCAUUAUUGAUGCCAGACAGUGACAUUCCAAGUUUUUUAUAGUGUUUUCAUAGUGUUUUAUUUUAAUGUUGUGAAAUCUCUUUGUUGUCUGUAAUAGUGAAUGUGUG